AUGACUGCCAAUCGCCCUCAUCCUCCUCCCCCUCCGACCUCACCUACUUCCGUUCCCACUCCAUCAUACACUCCCACUACCGAUUCCCAGUCUCUCCAGCACGAUGAUCUUUCAAUUCUGUCGGAGGACGCGUCUAUGCCCAUUGCCAUUGUGGGCAUGGGAUUUCGAGGUCCAGGGGAUGCCGUGAACGUCCAGAAGCUAUGGGACCUCAUCAUUGAAGGCCGAGAGACUUGGAGCAAGAUACCGGACUCCAGGUGGAAGAUGGAAAGUUUUCAUCAUUCUGAUUAUGCCAGACAUGGAACCAUCAACGUGGAAGGGGGCCAUUUCCUCGAGGAGCACCCCUCCUUCUUCGAUGCACCGUUUUUCAACAUGAGCAGUGAUGAGGCAGCGGCAAUGGACCCUCAGCAACGGCUCUUGUUGGAGGUUACAUACGAAGGGCUCGAGAGUGCUGGGAUCCCACUCUCGAAAGUAAUGGGCAGUCAAACCGCCUGUUUCGUGGGCUCCUUUAAUGCAGAUUAUACGGAUCUCCUGCUCCGCGACCCGGAGUGUGUUCCCAUGUACCAGUGCACCAAUGCCGGUCAGUCGCGUGCUAUGACAGCAAAUCGGAUUUCAUAUUUUUUCGACCUGAAAGGGCCAAGCGUUACGGUUGAUACGGCUUGCUCGGGGAGUCUAGUAGCCUUGCAUCUGGCAUGCCAAAGUUUGCGGACAGGGGAUGCCACCAUGGCGGUUGCGGCGGGUGUCAAUAUUAUUCUCAGCCAUGAGUUCAUGUCAACCAUGACUAUGAUGAAGUUUCUUUCUCCCGACGGCCGCUGCCAUACCUUCGACCAGAACGCUAAUGGGUACGCGCGUGGCGAAGCAAUUGGCUCUUUAAUCCUAAAGCCACUCAAAGAUGCAAUUCGAGAUCGCGACCCAAUUCGAGCCAUUAUUCGAGGGUCGGGCUCAAAUCAGGAUGGAAGGACUCCUGGCAUCACGCUGCCUAGCGGCGUCGCACAGGAGGCACUGAUACGCCAUGUAUAUAAGACUGCAGGUUUAGACCCAGCGGCAACGGAAUUUGUCGAAGCUCACGGAACUGGCACUCAAGCUGGAGACCCAAUCGAAACCGGUGCCCUGGCAAAGGUGCUCUGCCAGGACCGGGAUCCGAUGCAACCACUGCGAGUGGGCUCGAUAAAAACCAAUGUCGGGCAUCUCGAAGGAACGAGUGGCGUGGCUGGAGUUAUUAAAUCGAUAUUGAUGCUAGAGAACCGCACAUUCCUUCCCAGUCGGGGUUUCAAGUCAUUGAACUCGCGAAUACUGCUUGACGACUGGAAAGUCAAGAUACAACUCAAUCCCGAGCCCUGGAAGUCAGCGGGUCCUCACCGCGUCUCUGUCAACAGCUUUGGUUACGGGGGUAGCAAUGCGCAUGUUAUCCUGGAAGAUGCCAUGGGCUAUUUCUCUCAGCGGGACUUGACAUUUGUAGUACGAAGUCCCACACUCACAGAUAGCUCUCACUGCAAUUCUUCCGAGGACUCUAAACAACGCCGCAUCUUCAUGGUGUCCGCAUUUGAGGAGAGCUCCCUUGUUGAACAACUUCACAAAUUGCGUGUAUAUCUCAGCCAAAAAGCGUCGACCAACACAGACGAACUAAUGCAUGACCUAGCAUUCACUCUAAAUGAGCGACGCACGAAUCAUCUUUUUAGGGCCGCGGUUAUCGGAGAUUCUCCAGUGGCCGUUGCGACCGCAUUAUCACAACGUGUCAAAGUCCAAAAGGCCCCUCGCAGACCUGCUGUCGGAUUUGUCUUCACAGGACAGGGUGCGCAAUGGCGCGGGAUGGGAAAAGAACUAUUAGAAGUCUACCCCGUGUUUCGACGAUCCAUCCAACGGAUAGAUUAUUAUAUGGCACAGAUGGGAGCUCCAUUCUGCAUCUUAGACGCGUUGACAUCCGAAGAAGAAGAAGCCCGGCUGAAUUACCCGCUUUUAAGCCAGCCCAUAUGUUCCGCUCUGCAGAUUGCUUUGGUCGACUUACUCGCAGCAUGGGGAGUCUAUCCAGACUCAGUAAGUGGUCAUUCCAGCGGCGAGAUUGCUGCCGCCUACGCAGCGGGCGCUUUGACUAUGGGGGAUGCCCUGAUGGUAGCCUAUUACCGUGGGGUAGUUGCCAGUAAAUUGCCUUCGAAAGGAUACCAAGCUGGUGGUAUGCUGGCUCUAGGAUUAUCACCAGAUGAUGCUCAGCCCUACCUAGAGUCUCUGAUGCUAGGUUCAGCGGUUGUGGCUUGCGUCAAUAGCCCAACAAGCAUUACCGUAUCCGGUGACAGCCCAGCCAUUGACGAGUUGGAGUCCAUUGUCCGCAAGCAAGACAUUUUCUGCCGUCGGCUGGCCGUUGGAGUCGCCUACCAUUCCCAUCAUAUGAAGACCGUUGGCGAUGAAUACCUAUCUACAAUAUCUACCCUAGGCACAUGCUCUGGACAAAGCUCCUCGAAUCAGGCUAAGAAGAACCGGGUGCGCUUCUUUUCAUCUGUCGUUGGGGCGGAAAUGACGACAGCUGAGCUAGGCCCGACGUAUUGGGUCAAGAACCUGCUGGGCCAGGUGAAGUUCGCUGAUGCCGUGUGUUCAUCUACUGUUCCGGAUACGAAAAGAACAAGGCGUUUGGGUGCCGCACGGCCACAUUCAGCUCUCGCCGCGCCCGUUAAACAGAUUUUACAACACAAUAAAAAGCUCAGCGAGGCCAACAUUCCAACGGCACUGGAUAUGGCUGCCUCCCUGGCAUGUUCCGGAUACCCGGUAAAUUUCCAGGCGAUCAAUGACCCAUCGCCUUCCAGGGAUCCAUGCGUCCUUGUGGACUUACCAACGUAUAGCUGGAACCAUUCAAGGUCGUACUGGACCGAACCGAGGAUUAGCAAGGCGUUCCGUAGCCGCAAGCACCCUCGAACUAACCUCCUUGGGGUGAUCGAUCGCGGUUCAUGUCCCUUCGAACCCCGUUGGAAGAACUUUCUCCGUGUCUCGGAAGAUCCAUGGUUAGCCGAUCAUAAAAUUCAGUCCAAUAUUGUGUAUCCAGCAGCGGGAUAUAUUGCCAUGGCUAUCGAGGCGGUGGUCCAGCAUGCCAUGGACAGCAAGGAUACCAAUAAUCUUGCCACUGUAUGCCUACAGGAUGUUUCAAUCAAGACACCGAUCAUCAUGAACGAAACACUUGCAGUGGAGGUCAUGAUCUCGCUUCAAUUGCUCCAGGACGCUACGACAACGGGCUAUUACAGAUUCCGCAUAUACUCGGUGACAGAAGAAAGCAACUGGACCGAACAUUGCCAAGGGGUCAUAUGCCUCCAAACAACGGACUCUAUCAGCACUGAUGAUAUGGAGAGCUUUGAAUACCCCGAAUGCCCUCUUUCUGACGAUUUUGACCUUGAUAAAUUUUACACAAUGCUCUCUGAUAUUGGACUCGAAUACGGACCCACCUUCACCAACAUAAAGCACGCUCACUUCACAUCCGACACCUCAAUAGCCCAAAUAUCCAUCCCGGACACCGCAUCAGUUAUGCCAGAAGGAUUCGAAUACCCGCACUUGAUACACCCAUGCACCCUCGAUAGUAUAAUACAGACGAUUUUCAUCAACAUAAACAUGAAAGAGAAUCCUGCUGUCCCUGUGUACAUAAAGCAGAUGACCAUGUCCCUAAAGACGCCAACAACAGCAGGUACGGCGUUGGACACUUGUACAAAAGUCAGAAAGAGUAGAAAGGGGGAUCUUCUUGCGUCUAUUUCCGUCCUUGAUAACAAUGGAUCUCCUGCGGUUUCCAUUACGGGUCUGCGGUGCAGGAACAUCCAGCAAAGUUCGAUGGAUACUACAUCUAAGGAAGCUCGACUAGCAUACCGACUAGAGUGGAGUCCUGAUCCCGACUUCCUUGUUCAGCAAAACUUCCGGGACAUCCUACAAAGCCAAGGAGACGAUACCCAGGAUCAAUCCCAGAAUAUUAAGGGUGGUGAACCUAUCAAAGAUGCAAUCCCCCUGACCGAAUCACCUGAGCGUCUCCCCACCAUCGACGAGCGUCUAGGAUUCCUCACAGACAUAGCCACACAGAUUCAGGGGCAAUUGUCGAACAUUGUGACAGGGAGUGCCGAUCUCCAGAAUUUGACGGACGAGACAGCACUUCUAGAAGCGUACUGGACAAAUGCCUAUAAAGAUCAAGUAUAUGAGUGGGUAGCGGUCUACAUAGACCUCAUCAGUCGUAAAAACCCGAUGAUUUCGAUUUUAGAGUUGGAAGCGGGCUCCGGAGACAUGUCAGGCAAACUGUUACAGAGGUUGAUGGGUGACUCCCAGCCUCAGUGCAUCGAGUACACCCUGGCACAUUCAAAGCAGGAUCUACUCGACAAAGCCAAGCUUGAACUAUCCCAGUGGAGCGAUUGGUUGGGCUUUCUUCUGCUCGAUAUAGAGGGUGACUUGGGCGCACAGUCAUCCGAGGGUCAUCUCUAUGAUGUUGUCAUUGCACCGCGUGGUAUCCACACUGUAAAACACAAGCAGCAAUAUUUGAAGAACAUCCAUGCUCUACUUCGAAAAGGAGGACACUUUAUUCUCGUUGACCCGCCCACUAGUCAUCAGCAAAUUGGCGAUUCUUUGCGAUCUUUUGGUGUUCUCGGGUCGAGCGAGGGACAGCAGCACGGAUCGGCAGAUAGUCAAAAUUUCGACAUAAACACUGGUCUGGAAGAGGCUGGCUUGUGUGGAACUGCUUUGACAACAGAAUCUCCCGAUGGGUAUACCAUGAUUGUUUCGAGGCCCUCAAAGAAACCGUCUACUCUCUAUGAUGAAAUCCUCAUUAUCACGGGCAAGAGUGCAAACGACGAUUCUGUUCGGCAUUUGAAGGUUCUUUUGGCUUCAAAAUGCAAAACGGUGAGGGUGGCGGAUUUGACCAGCAUCACGCCGCAAGGCAAGUUUUGUAUCGUUCUCGGAGAUAUCGGCAGCUCAGUAUUGUCAAACCCCAAGCAGACGGUAUUUUCUACAGUCAAGCAACUAUUUCUUGAGUCAGCUGGUGUUCUGUGGGUCACGACAGGUGCAACGCUAAACCCAUCUGAUCCUGAUGCUGGCAUUGCGGCUGGUUUUGCAAGAACAGCACGCUCGGAAUCUGGAGUGGGGCCUAUCAUCACGCUUGACUUGUGCAGCGAGUCGCCAUCGUCAGAAACUCGGAUCGCCGAAAUAAUAUACGACAUUAUUCAAGAACACGCCCCAGCGCAGGACAAGGACGAUCGCGACACCGAGUACGCCGAGCGAAGAGGGACAGUAUUCGUCCCGCGGCUGGUUGAAGAUAAUCAGCUCAACCGGACAUUAGCAACAUCGGAGCAGUCAUAUGUCAUCAGUGAUGAAAUAGUCUCCUCGUCUAUUCGGCCUCUCCAAGCAGUCAUCGACGCUGAUAUUGGGCCGGGGGGCGUUCAUUUCGAGAAUGAUCCUAAGGUCGAAAACCUUCCAGAUGACUGCAUCCGCAUUGCAGUCCACGCAGUGAGCACCACAAAGCAAGAUCUAAAGGCUGAUUUGUAUCAUAAUGGUGGACGGCCUAAAUUAGGCUCGGCAUGCAGCGGAGUCGUGCAAGCUGUUGGAGAUAAGGUGUCCAACUUUGCCCCUAAUGAUCGCGUGGCCUGUCUCGGGUUAGGAACUGUAGCCGGCUUUUAUCAAAACAAGGAGUCUGCAUUCCAGAAAAUUCCAUCUGGCAUGGACUUUGAUUCGGCAACCAUUCUACCAUCGGCUUACUGUAUGGCCUUUUACGCUGUACAUCAUCUUGCGCAUGCUGCAAUUGGGGAUCGCGCUCUGGUAGUGUGUGAGGACAAAACGCUAGGACAUGCUUUCGCGGAAGUUAUCAAUUAUGCUAAGGCUCGAAUGUUUCUUAUAAGCGGAGGUGGUGAGGAAACUUCGGCUACCUCUUCCCCCGCAGUCCCUGGAGAUGGGACACUGCGGCAUAGCUCUACGACAGCCAAAGAGCUCAAGCGAAUAACCAGUGGCACUAAGGUGGAUGUAAUCAUUAAUUGCAUGGAAUCGAUAAGCUCAAUUCAUCCAUUGUGGAGUUGCAUGAGUGCAGGGGGUCGAUUUAUCCAACUCCGCGGUCUGGAGUCGUCAACACGGCCUAUGUGGGAAAUACCACGUCUUCUAGGCGAUUCCCUGUUUGCGACGUGUGACUUCAAUGACUUACUCACGCGUGAUGCCAAUUUGGUGAACGAGAUUUGGAGCAAUGUCUCAUCUCACUUGCGAGAUGGCGAUCUUCACGAGAUCCCGCUACCACCGAGAUACAGUGUAUCCAACCUUGCAAAUGGACUGGACGCUCUCGAAUCGGAUCCUCGAGUGCAUUCUAUCAUUGUCACAGUUGGUGAGAAUGAUGUGGUUAAGACACUCACGCCGAAAGAGCCUUCUUCUCUUUUCCGACCCGAUGCAUCGUACGUGCUUGUUGGGGGAUUAGGUGGUAUCGGUCGAGCAACAUCUAUUUGGAUGGCUGAAACUGGAGCGCGCACACUAGUAUUCUUAAAUCGAAGUGGACUAUCACAGGAAUCAUCCAAAGCUGCCGCGCGAGCCUUGAAAGAAAAGGGCAUACGUGUGAUUGUGCGCGCCUGCGAUGUAUCCGACAGUGACCAGGUCUCCAAAAUAAUGAGAGAUCUAAAAGACACAGCUCCUCCUAUCCGAGGUCUCAUUCACGCAGCAAUGGUAGUAAAGGAUUCGCAUAUUGAGAAAAUGACCCUAGACGACUAUCUCACAGUCCUGCGACCCAAAACCAUCGGAACAUGGAACCUCCAUCGCUACCUCCCCCAAGACCUAGAUUUUUUCCUCAUGCUAUCCUCCAUAAGCGGCAUAAUAGGCAACGCCACACAAGCCGCCUACGCCGCAGGCUCAACCUUCAUGGACGCCUUCGCCGCACACAGACGAACCCUCGGCCUACCAGCCGUCUCCCUUGACCUAGGCGUCAUCACAGACGUAGGCUACCUCGCCGAAAACAGAGACCUCGCGACCCGCAUGGCCCAGCAAGGCUUCCACGGCACAGACACGCCCACCCUCCUAACCCUAAUCGCAACGGCUCUCACCCCAACCCAGCAGCACCAUAGCCCCUCGGCGCAGAUAAUCACCGGCCUAGGCGACUACCACGAAGACGAAUCCCUCCCCAUCCUCUCCGAAAGCCCCCUCUUCUCACGUUUCCGCCACAUCUUCUCCGCAGCCGACACACGCAACGGGAAAACAGGUCCCCUACGAGCAAGAGAUACCCUCCGCGCGGACCUCUCCUCCGCCCCGUCCAUCGACGAAGCAGUCGCUGUCGUCUACUCCGCCCUCUGCGCGAAGAUAGCAGCAAACCUGUCAAUUCCAACGGACGCCAUCAGCCCGACUGCCCCGAUUGCGGAAUACGGCAUUGACUCCCAUGUGGCGGUCGAGCUGAGGAAGUGGAUCGCCCGUAGCAUGGACAGCACAGUGUCGAUCUUGGAGAUUCUGGGUAGUACCUCGCUGAUGGAAUUGGCUGGUAGGGUUGCGGGGAAGUCGGGACUUGUCAAUGUGGAGUAA